UCAUGUGACUCGCGGGGGCGGGGCCGCGCAGGCCGCUUCUCAGCAGGACUGAAAGGGCUCGCGUAGCCGGCCUUUUCGGCUCAGUAGGCGGCCUGGCCCCAGCUCUCCUUGGCUGGCCGCGCGAAGGUAGCGGCUAUUCUCUCUCAUCGGCCCUCCCAGGAUCCGCUUCCUUCCUCUUCCGGAAGCUGGGCCCUCAGGGCCACCGCCGCGGAGCCUGCGGCCGCAGUGAAACCCAAUUCCGAAUUUCCAGAGUAACCGGAAGUGCCAUCUCCAGCCGGAGGAGAGGCCGAGGGGCGGUGCCGGCGGCUGCUGGGGAGAGGGAAAAAUUGAGUGCUGUGAAUGGUUCUAGACUCAUUACCUUUUGGAGCCAAAAGGAAAACAGUCUUGAGUCUUUCUUUUUAUGGAUUCUUGGAAGGAUUUAAUAAAAUAACCCGUGUUAUUGAACUCUGAAGUUCUAAGAGUCAGCCAGUCUGCUUGGAUUUUUGUUACCUGCCUGCUUAUUCUUUGUUUUCUGAUCCCAGGCCUGGGAGAGAGUCCAAGUCUCUUUCUAGAUUGGGGGUUGGAAAUACUAAGUGAGAAAUUAGUGUAUAUGAUGCUGGAAACUUGUAGAGGUGAACUGCUCCUGACUGAAAGGCCUGAAACAGAUGUAUCUUCCAAGUUCGCAUCAAGACAAUGACUAGUAAGACAAUGAUGGGUCAAGAAGACCAGUGGAAAACUCCCUAGGAGAGAGCCAUAGAAAAUGUACACUUCAGACGAGAGAUGUAAUCAGAGAACUCAGAAAAGAAAAAUAUAUCAUGUAUGCCCUCAGAAGGCUAAAAAGAUUUUUAUUCAUGUGCAUAAGAUCACUCAAAUAGAUGAUCAAAUAUACCAGUGCCUUGAAUGCGAGCAAAGCUUCUGUGAAAACUUAGCUCUUAUUAUGUGUGAGAGAAUCUAUACUGGGGAGAAACCUUAUAGAUGUGAUAUGUGUGAGAAAACCUUCAUCCAAAGCUCAGAUCUUAUAUCACACCAGAGGAUCCACACUUAUGAGAAACCUUACAAAUGUAGCAAAUGUGAAAAGAGCUUUUGGCACCACUUAGCCCUAUCAGGACACCAGAGAACACAUGCAGGUAAAAAAUUUUAUACGUGUGACAUUUGUGACAAGAAUUUUGGUCAGAGCUCUGAUCUGCUUGUCCACCAGAGAAGCCAUACAGGCGAGAAACCUUAUCUAUGUAGUGAAUGUGAUAAAUGCUUUAGUCGAAGUACAAACCUCAUAAGGCACCGAAGAACUCACACAGGGGAGAAACCAUUUAAAUGUCUAGAAUGUGAAAAAGCUUUUAGUGGGAAAUCAGAUCUUAUUAGCCACCAGAGAACUCAUACGGGUGAAAGGCCCUACAAAUGUAAUAAGUGUGAGAAGAGUUACCGACACCGUUCAGCCUUCAUUGUACAUAAAAGAGUUCAUACUGGGGAGAAGCCCUAUAAGUGUGGUGCCUGUGAGAAAUGCUUUGGCCAGAAAUCAGACCUUAUUGUGCAUCAGAGAGUCCACACAGGUGAGAAGCCGUAUAAAUGCUUAGAAUGUAUGAGAAGUUUUACCCGGAGUGCCAACUUAAUCAGGCACCAAGCAACUCACACUCACACUUUUAAAUGCCUUGAAUUUGAGAAGAGUUUCAACUGUAACUCAGACCUUAUUGUGCAUCAGAGAAUUCAUAUGGAAGAGAAGCCACAUCAGUGGUCUACAUGUGAGAAUGGCUUCCUCCUAGGCAUGGACUUUGUUACACAGCAGAAAAUGAGAACUCAAACAGAGGAGCUACAUUAUAAAUACAGUUUGUGUGAUAAAAACUUUCACCAGACCUCAGCCCUUCUUCAACACCAGACAAUCCACAUUGGUGAAAAACCAUAUACCUGUAAUGUGGGUGAGAAAGGCCUUGACCUCAGCCCUCCCCAUGCAUCAGAAUCCUCACAAAUGUCUUCACUAGCUGAGAAGUUAUAAUACCAUAAAAAAUGUAUUUACAUGUCAGAGGACUUACUAAGAAGAGAAACCAUAGGAAAAUCUCAGACUUUCCCCAUAGCUCAGACUUCACUGGGGACCAGAGAACCUGCACUUGUAAGAAGUGUGAGAAACAUUUUGCCCAGAGAGCUGUCCUGGCAAGACCUCAUCGGUUUUUCUACUGAGACACCCUACAAAUUCCCUAAGUUUUGGAAAACCUUUAGUCCAAGCUCGAAUCUGAUCACACACAAGAGGAUUUACACAGGUGGAAAACCUCACAAAUGUAGUGAGUGUGUGAGAGCUUUCUAGCAAUGCUCAGUUCUCCUUGUUUUGAGAGAGUCCACACAGGAAAACAACCAUGUAAAUGCCCUCAGUGUCAGCAGUGCUUCAGGCUGUGUGCAUUUCUCGUUGGACUUCAGAAAACUCACACUGGGGAGAAGCCUCAAGUGUGAUGAAAGUAUCUAACAGAACUCUGACUUUCAAAAUUCUAUAUGUGUCUUGUGUGUGGCAAAAGCAUCAGAGCGUCAGUUGAAGAGCCCCCUUGCAUUUGCACACCCACAAAAGAAUCUAGACGGAGGAAAAAACCUUACAAGUAUUGGAAUGGAUAAAGCUUCUGUCAAUGAUCAGCUCUUGUGGUACACCAGGGAACUCACAUAAGUGAAAAACCCUAUAAACAUAAAUACCUUGAGGCUGAAAAAAAUUUUGUUAGAAGUUUCUACCUUAUUGGGCCCUAAAGAACUCACUCUGCAGAGGAUUGUGCUCUAAUGAGAGAUCUAAUUGUCGGUGAGAAUCUGUGUACAUAUAAUAUGUAUGAGAAGAACUGUUCUCAUAGUUGACCCAUAUGGUAAAGAUGACUUUAAAUAGAGUCAAUAUGGAAACACUUUUUUAGGUACCUGGAAGCUCUUUCUGGGAGUUGUUAGGGCAGGUCAGAGUAGGCCUGAUGGGUAACUCAGAUCCCAGAGCUCGAAAGAGCUUUGGCAUUUGGAUUCUUGGAAUUGGCCAGCUGCUACACUCUGCUUUGUGUAUGGCUCUAAGCUUUGAUCCUAAUGAUUGGUUGUUCUGAUUCUUUUUGUGACUCUUGAGCCAUGAUGAUCAUGAUCUUAGAGCCAGUGGCUGUAGCUCAUAGUGAUAAUCUGAUACUAAGAUGUUUUGGUUUUCUUUUUUUCUUUUAGAAAACAGAUCAUGGAAGUUUAUUUGAUCUGAUGUGUUUUGGUAAUUUUCAUAAAUAGCUCUUGUACCAUGAAAAAUUGCCCAGUGUGAUAAAACACACAAGAUAUAUUUGUUUCUCUUUGGUGAAAAUCUUGCCUAUCACUUGUGUAUGUAUGACAAUUGUAAUACUUAAAAUAGUAUUGGGGAUCUAGCAUGGUGGUGAUGGAAAUUAGUCCAUAUGGCUAAUUGUUAGACAUUAUAGGGAACCUGGAGAAGGGGACAAAUCUUGGUAUCAUUAGUAGGGCAAUGACUUGCCCCUUCUUUCAGCUAAUCUUAGUGGUGAUCAUCUCUAGUCUGUAAGUAAGUUAAGGAAGGACUAUCCCUCAAAGAGAAAACCUUGAAGAUAUGAAACAGAUCUGAGGGCUUUUAACCAUGGAGAAAAAAAGGUGUUAGUAUUAUUCAUAUAGCAUAACCUGAGGUUGGAGAGGACCACUUGGGGAGCCUGUAACCAAAACUAGAAGGUAACUUCUGGAAUGGAUGGAGGUUCUCUUGAAGCAGUGCCAACCUAAAUCUACCUCAGGUAAGUAGUUAGAGUAACUUUUUCAAGAUUUCAGACCAAAUGAGACACUUUAUUCAUUCAUUCAAUGUAUUCCUUUGCUUUAAUGUUUUUGUUUUCCCUUAAUUCUCAAAUAAAAAUUUGUUCUGAAAAAUUCCA